CUUUCAUUCUGCCUCACACUAACCUGCUCUCAGCUGCCUUUGCUCUUAGUCUUCAUCAGAGCUUCACCUCCUCCUUAGACUCACGACAAUUCUCCUCCGGCAUGGCAGCAUUGUGGCUUCAGUCCUUCUCUCUGCUGGUCUUACUGGUUGUAUCGUGGCCCGGCUCCCAGGGCGUUGCACCGCCGCAGCAUCUAUGCGGUUCUCACCUGGUUGACGCUCUCUACCUGGUCUGUGGGGACAGAGGCUUCUUCUACAGCCCCAAGAGGGAUGUGGACCAUCUCCUGGGGUUCCUCCCUUCAAAGACAGGCACAGGGUCGACUCAUGGCGGUGAGAACGAGGUGGCCGAGUUGGCCUUUAAGGACCAGAUGGAGAUGAUGGUUAAGAGGUCAGGCAUCGUCGAGCAGUGCUGCCACAGGCCCUGCAGUAUCUUUGACCUGCAGAACUACUGCAACUAAUCGGCGUGCAGACAGUCCAUGUGGAGCCAGUGACUGAGCGCAGUUUGAUUUGUUGGUUAAUUUAGAGUGAACCUUAUCUUAGUAGCGUGAAUCUCUUCCAGAGAACCGUCUGCAGUCAAUGACCUGCUGAGAGAUGGAUUAUUUUUGCAAGAAAAUAAAGUUUUAUGAUUUGAGACAA